AUGCACGGGACUAGAUGCCGUAGGAGGCACCCUAUCGACUGCUUUCCCUCUCGGCAGCGUAGUUGCACUCUGACAUUUGGCGGUCCCGAAUACGGACGACUCUUGGCGGAGGAAGGCUCGGCUGUGAAGACAAUCUCCCUCCUCCGUCAGUUUGCGAUAUCACAACUCGCCUUCGUCCUUCCUCUUCUCCUCCACUUCCAAAACCCAGGCGCGCUCGCUCGGAUCACUCUGGGAAGGCGUAGCGGCUACCGUGCAACUGUCGGUAUAUUCGUGCGACCCCGGCGAUCAAAAAAGCCAACUUUCCGACUUGCUUGUUGCACCCGUAAUACUGUCAUGGUUACUCCCGAUAUUUCUGAAUGGAGCAAGUAUAAUCCAGUUGAACUUCCAGAUCUCUUUGAUUCCAAUGUACCCUUUCAAGUGCCGAAAUUCCUUGUUCGCGACCUUUUUAUACCGCCGAAAGGCUACAGUAGUAGCCGAACGUUCGAAUUCCCUUGGGCUAGCUUCGCGAACAAGACAAAAUCAAGCCAGCAGCUGAUGACCCCAGAUCAGACCCCAAAUGAAAGAUGCGUCAGAACGCGAAGAACGCACCUUUCUGCGCUCUUCUACCUCAAACCCGAACCCGGAUCAAGCUUCGCCUCCGUACUGACCCUCUUGGCUAACCCUUGGCUACCAUUGCCAAGCUAUGAUCUCGCUACAGUAUCGGACGGGCUCCUUCGGUUCACCUGCUACGAGUUCCCUUUACCAGGGUCUCGAAUCGACAAAGGACGUAAAGUGGGACAACGAUGUGCCAUCACUCUAGUUUUAUGCAGCAAGUUCCCAGGGCCCUUCACCAUCUUUCGAUCGCCACGCUGCCCAUCUCCAUUGCCAACGCCCGUUUGUCUAGUUGGGUACUGUGGCGACUACGCCUUGAGCUGGCACAUGCACAUGCACAUGCAAACAUCGGUCAUUGAUGAUGAGAUGUUGCGAGCUCAAUUGGCCAUUGUUCCAGAUCCGGGAGACAGCCCAGCUUCUUCGUAA